AUGGCGGAUGCAGGAGCAAUGCAUCCUCAACCACACUUAGCAGCAUACGAUCCUCACUCUGCCACUGUUCUUGUUGGUCCAAGAAAGAAACGAUUUGUCGUCAAAAAAGACCUUCUCGCGCGGCACUCCGAGUCAUUCAAGGUCGCGUUGGCAGGCAGUUCCAAAGAGUCUCAGGAGUGGAUCAUUACUGCACCAAAUGUUGAGCCGCUCAUCUUCGAGUUCUUCGUGCAUUGGAUGCACCACGAGGCCUUCCCGACCGUCAGCAACGCGCCCACGAGGCUACUCAACAAGUGGGACGUAAAGGAUGCGGAUAUCGUCAAGACUGGCAACUUGAUUAAGCUCUAUGUUCUGGGCGAACUGUAUGGAAUCGAAGCACUCAGACUCCUCGCUCUGGAGGACCUGCUCUGGUUCAUGGACCUUGAUACCACAGGUCUUCCCAACAGCGACCAAGUCAGCUAUGCGUACGAGAACCUGCCUUCCGAGUCUGCACUUCUGAGGCUCCUUGUCGAUCUCUACGGCCAAUACGUAAGCGAAAAUACCUGGAAAGACGGUGAUGCAGAUGACCUCCCUUCACCGUUCAUUGUUGCGGUCCUGCGGAGGCUGAGCCUUUACGCACGUCACGAGCUAGAAAAUAAUGCAGAGCUCGAGCUGUGCGAUUAUCACGAUCAUGAGGACGCUCGUGAGAGAGAGCAGUGCUCAAGCAGAUAA